AAAAUAUAAAUUGGAUAUAAUAACUGAAACUGUAUUUCAAAGGAAGUUCCGGUUUUCAUGACGUCAUUAAAAAGAGGCGUAUUUUCGCUUUCUUGUUUUUAUUUCUUCUUCAGCUGUCAAAUUCAUAUUUGUCAAACAAGUAGAUCAUUAAAUUGUGAAGAAUGUGGAGAUUCAAGCCUUCAAAAUAUAAAAAUGCAAAUCCUAAAAUUCCUAAGAAAGGAGAGGGCUGGAUAACUGAUAUCUCUGUUGGCUCUUUACCAUCUUUUGGGAACCACAUCAAAGCUAGUGCAUCUUUAAUUGCAUUUAAUGUUGAUUCUGGAGGAGGUGGGAAUCUUGGUAUUCUUUCUCUUAAUGAGUUUGGAAGUAAAAGUAAAGGUCUCUCUGUUUUACGUGCUCAUUCAGAAUUCGUUACAGAUUUUGAAUUUUGUCCAUACGAUGAUGGUAUCUUAGCAACUUGUUCACAAGAUCAUCAUAUAAAAUUAUGGAGGUUAUCAGAAGAAAAUUUAUCAAGCAAUGUUCCUUGUAAUCCAGAAGUUGACAUAUUAACUCAAAAUAAAGUUGAAGUGUUGAAAUUUAAUCCACAAGCAGAUUGUAUUGUGUCCACUGCUGAAGAUAAUAUUAUCCAUUUGUGGGAUGUAAACAAGAAACAAAGCAUAUUUGCUGAUUCUAGUCAUGAGGAUACAAUUCAGAGCAUAUCAUGGAAACAUUCCGGUGAAGUUUUAGCAAGUUGUGGUAAAGACAAGAAACUGCGACUCUGGGAUCCCAGAGACUCAUCAAAUAACAAAGCUGUUGCUAGUCAUAGUAAUAACAGAGAUUCAAGAGUGGUUUGGUUAGGUGAUACAGACCAAAUUAUCACGACAGGAUUUGGAAGUGGACGUGAAAGAGAAGUAUUUCUGAGAGACGUUCGUAAAUUAGAAGAACCUGUAGCAUCCUAUUCUGGUGAUUCUAGUCUUGGUGUUUACAUUCCUUUGUUUGAUCCUGAUACAAAUAUGUUGUUCCUCAUUGCUAAGGCUGAUACUGCAAUUUCAUUUUGGGAAGUUCUUGAAAAUGCCCCAUUCCUUCAAGAAGCUACUAAAUUCAUGGGUGAAGUACAGGCUAAAGGAGCUGCUUUAGUUCCCAAAAGAGCACUAGAAGUAAUGGAUGGAGAAGUGAAUCGAUUACUACUUUUAGGCCAAAGUUGCAUUGUCCCAAUAUCUUUCCAAGUACCAAGAAAGUCAUAUCGAGAAUUUCAUGCAGACUUAUUCCCUGAUACUUAUGCACCAGAACCAUCUCUGACAGUAUCACAGUGGCAGGCUGGUGAAAAAUCAAAGACAUUAAAAAUUAGUCUAAAGCCAAAAUCUGGGGAAACUCUUAAAAAAAUUAAUCACCAUCUUGGAUCUGGGGCAAGAAAAGGUUUUCAAAAUCCUGCAGCUGUUGAAAAAAAAGUCCAAGAAGAAUCGAAUGAAAAAUCGCCAGGCGAUAAUUUGAAUUCAGAAAAACCUGAGACAAACAAAGCAACGAAACCUACUAUUGCACGAAAACCAACACCACCUAUGAAACCCAAAACAUCUUCGGAAGAAUCAUCCACAAAGUCUACGUCACCUGUUAUGCCCUCAAAGUUUAUCCAAACUAGAAAACAAGUGUUUGGAAAUAAUGCAGAAAAAUCUGACAAUCAAACUCAAAAGGCGCCAUCCCCUUCUGUUCGAAGAACAACUCGUACAUUUGGAAUGCGAGUUUCAAAGUUUCGUCAUUUGAAUGGAAACAUUUUUCCAAAAGAGUUCCAUAUUACUGACUUACCUACGCUCACGAGAACCAUUCCUGGUGAAUGCAAUGGGUUUGAUGCGAAUGAAAAACGUGUAGCUGUUCCAAUUGGGGCUCCUGGUAAUUUCCUAGCUGUUAUGGAGUUAGAAAAAACUGGUCGUGCCCCAGCAGCUGCUGAUUUGCCAGGUGUUUUAACUGGAACAAGUAUUAUGGAUUUUGCAUGGGACCCUUUCGAUUCUAGUCGUCUUGCUGUUGGGUGUGAUACUGGUGACAUUCAAUUAUGGGUUUUGCCAACGGAUGGCCUAACACAAAAACUUGAAGAACCAUCCAUGUCAUUUAGAGCACAUUCUGAAAAAGUGAACAUAGUCAAGUUCCAUCCUUGUGCCAAAGAUGUCAUUUCCACUGCAUCUGCUGAUCUUACAAUUAAAGUAUGGGAUUUGGAGACCCAAGAAGAGAAAAUUUGUCUCACUGGCCAUAUAGACCAGAUUUUGAAUUUUUGUUGGUGUCCAGAUGGACACUUCAUUGCUUCAGUUGCCAAAGAUCAAAGAGUGCGAAUUUUUGACCCACGUAGCUCAACUGAAGCUAUAAAAGAAGGAUCUGGACCUCAAGGCACAAGAGGAGCAAGAGUUGUCUGGGUCUUAAAUGGUACUCAUUUAGCUGUAACUGGAUUUAGCAAAGUGUCUGAAAGACAGAUUUAUUUAUAUGAUUGCAAAGAUAUAGCUAAUCCUAUUGGAUCAGUUGGCAUAGAUGUUAGUCCUGCAACAUUAAUUCCCAAUUAUGAUGAGGAUAGUUCGACACUGUUUUUGACUGGAAAAGGAGAUUCGGUGAUAUUUGCUUAUGAAAUAGCUAUAGAUAGUCCAUACUUUCAUCCCCUUUCACAUUAUAAAUGUAACAAUCCUCAUCAGUCACUUUCUUUCCUCCAUAAAUGUGUCUGUAAAGUGAGAGAAGUUGAAUUUGCAAGGGCCAUACGCCUUUCAGCAUCUACUAUUGAACCUAUUUCAUUCCAUGUACCAAGAUUAAGGUCUGAAUAUUUUCAAGAUGAUCUUUUCCCACCGACCCGUAAAACUUGGGAACCUUCAAUGACCAAUGCUGAAUGGUUUGCUGGCCAGGAGAAGCCUUUGGAAAUUGUCGAUUUAAAACCAGAAGAUAUGGAACUUUUGAGUGAAGCUCCACCACCAGUUAAAGCUUCAAGUAAUAAACAAUCUGGUAAUACAACACCUAACAUUGUGUUUGAAGGUGAAGUCCAUUUACAGAGUUCCUUAGCAUUUUUACAAAAUACCAAAGAGAAGGAGGAAAAAAUUAUGCAGUCUAUGUCUUCUCAAUGUGAGCUUCGACAGAACAGCUUACCACAAGAAGAAUUUGAAGGAGUAGACCCAGAUGAAUGGGAUCAAGAAGAGAAGGAACAUGCUCAGAAGAAUUUAUGAUUACCACCUGUAUAUAUAAAAAGAAAGUCUUAGCUCAAUUUUGUAAAAGAACUUAAAAAAAUAGCUAUUAGGAAAUUUUUUUAUCACUUUAUCUUGCUAAAUCCUGGUGUCUUGUAAUGUAAAUCAUUGUGCAUCAUCAUACAGAUAUGAAUUAUAUCAUAAAUAACUUGCAUUUGUAUAUUUUGAUUGUUUACAAACUUUUCUAAAUUUGCAUAUUUUGACACGUUGUUAAGUUUUGAUUCUUAUGUUUCUUAUACAUUGAACUUUUUGCCAAAAUUCGCAGUACAAAUAUGAAGCACCAGAAUGACGUUUUUAUGCACGUUAUAUUUCAAUACUUGUAUUACUUUGUGUUAAGAAAUCAGCCUUUCAUAAUGUUAUUUCAUAGUUUUACAGAAAGUUUGUGAUUUUAUUGAAUUAUUUAAAUCUUUGGUAUUUAAUGUUUAAUAGCCAUUUUCAAGAUAUUUGCUGUGCAAAUACAUUCAGUCCAUUAUUGAACAUGACAUUUGUAUGGAUUGUUAUUUUAAAGUAUAUAAAAUCUUUUCAAAAUAAUCAAUCAAAAUAUUAUACAAUUGUAUAAAAAUUCUAGAUUUUUUAUUUUGUAUUUUGAUAAAAUUGUUACACUAAAACUCUCUAUGCUUAUCUUAUAAUCUGCACAAAAUAUUUUAAAUAAAUUCAAAUACUCAUUACAUAAAAAAAAUUGUGAAAAGAUUAUAGUUAGUCACUUUAUGAAAGAAAUUAAAUUCAAAAUUUUUGAAUUAAGCCACAUUAAUGAAUUUAAAUGUGUUUCCAUUCGAUAAAAUUUCAAAAUUAAAAUAUUUGAAUUUUUUGGUUGUUUAACUUGUAGCUAGGUUUUAAUUACAUUUAUAUAUACAUAGAAUAGGAAUGUAGAUAAUAAAUAUAAAAUUAAAAUUGUAUUCCAAUUUUAAUUUUAUAUUUAUUUUGUGCUUUUGGUACAUUUUAUGAGUGAAUGUUUGUUAAGAAGGUGAAUUAAAUGAAAUUUAAUUUAACUGCAAGUUUUAUUUUUAUUGCUUAUUUUACAUUUGUAAUCAUAUUUUGAUAUGAAUAUGAGUUUAUAUAUUUUUUUGGUUUGUGAAAUUGUCUAGAAAUUCUAUGUUUUUGUUUAUUUUUAUAAAUAUUAUUUAAACAGUUGUGCUGUGGAAAUUUUUUUGUAAUGAUUUAGUUUUUAAAUCAGUUGAUUAUUUUUAUUCAAUGGAAAAAAAAAAUUUAGUGUUUAUACUUUCAAUUUGUUAUAAUUAUCCAAAUGUAUAAUUUAAAUUAUUUUAUCACUCAAAUUUUAAGUAAAUUACUUUAAUGAUCAAUUUGUUAUAAUUAUCCAAAUGUAUAAUUUAAAUUACUUUAUCACUCAAAUUUUAAGUAAAUUACUUUAAUGAGCUGUAAUAUUAAUUUUGUUAUGAAGUUUAAAAAUUAACUAUCUUUAUAAUGCCUGCAAUUCUAUAAAACAUGUUUCCUUUUUUAAAAAUUUUGUAAAAAGUAGUUUCUUUUUUCCAACUUCACAUAUAAGUUUAUUGUUGUUAUAAUCUAAUAAUCAAAUUUUAUUGGACACUUUUAGUCAUGUUUCCAUCUGAAAACACUGUGCUUGCUUGUCUGUUUAUCUAUGCUUGUGUAUGUUUUGCUUUUGUAUUGAUGUUUACUAAAGUAAAUUUGCAUAUUUUUUAUCUAUUUCUUUUAUUGUAAAUCAGUGUCAGAUAAUAAAUAAGAGGUACAACUCUAAUUUAAAUAACUCCA